CGUUACCUCCCUCAGCGGUGAUGUCAGCGGAGCUCCAGCAUCCUCCUCUGCCAAAGACACCGAGACACCAGAGCCAUUUUGACCGCCCCGGUUCGGGUUAAACGUCCUUCUUUCCACGGCUACCUAGCCGCCAAGCCUCCUCAUACGGCCGGGCGGAAGGAGGGACGGAAGUCGGGGGUAGUUUGAAGCCCCUUUUCACGGCUCCUUUAGUGGUUCCUUCAUGGGGAGGAGAGGCGGCUACUAGCUCGGGGCAGAGCCAGACCUGGAGGUGGAGGUAGCUGGAGGAUAACACACCGGAGAGAGAGACACUGCGGUAGGAGGCAGGAGACCUGCAGACUCCACACCCGAGCACUAAAGAAGGCACCCCGAGGUGCUAGGAAGACAGCACCAUGGCAGGGGCCUCUGUGAAGGUGGCGGUGCGAGUCCGCCCCUUCAAUUCAAGAGAGAUCGGAAAAGAAAGCAAAUGCAUCAUUCAGAUGUCUGGAAACACCACCACCAUCAUCAACCCCAAGCAGGCCAAAGACAACAAGAGCUUCAACUUUGAUUACUCCUACUGGUCCCACACUUCGCCCGAGGAUGUCAAUUAUGCCUCUCAGAUGCGAGUGUACAAAGACAUUGGAGAGGAGAUGUUGCUUCACGCCUUCGAAGGCUACAAUGUCUGCAUCUUUGCUUAUGGUCAGACAGGCGCUGGCAAGUCCUACACCAUGAUGGGAAAACAGGAUGUCAAGGAUCAACAAGGAAUCAUCCCCCUGCUGUGUGAAGAUCUUUUCACAAAGAUCAAUGAUAAUACAGACAACAGCAUGUCUUACUCUGUAGAGGUAAGCUACAUGGAAAUCUACUGUGAACGUGUUCGGGACUUGCUGAACCCCAAAAACAAAGGGAACCUACGAGUGCGAGAACAUCCUCUGAUGGGACCUUACGUGGAAGACCUGUCCAAGCUGGCUGUCACCUCCUACAACGACAUCCAGGACCUGAUGGACUCUGGCAACAAGGCCAGAACUGUUGCUGCGACCAACAUGAAUGAGACCAGCAGUCGCUCGCACGCCGUCUUUAACAUCAUUUUCACUCAGAAACGCCAUGAUGCAGAGACAGACAACACAUCUGAGAAGGUCAGCAAAAUAAGUCUGGUGGAUUUGGCUGGCAGUGAGAGAGCAGAUUCUACUGGAGCCAAAGGAACCAGGCUGAAGGAAGGAGCAAAUAUCAAUAAAUCUCUAACCACUCUGGGGAAAGUCAUCUCUGCUUUAGCAGAAGUGGACUCUGGGCCAAAUAAGAAUAAGAAAAAGAAGAAAGUAGAAAGCUUCAUUCCCUACCGAGAUUCUGUUUUGACCUGGCUGCUGAGAGAAAACUUAGGUGGGAACUCUCGGACUGCCAUGGUUGCUGCCCUGAGUCCAGCUGACAUCAACUACGACGAGACGCUCAGCACACUCAGGUAUGCUGACCGUGCCAAACAGAUUCGCUGUAACGCUGUCAUCAACGAGGAUCCCAACAACCGAUUGGUGCGCGAGCUGAAGGAGGAGGUGUCUCGCCUCAAAGAUCUUCUCUACGCCCAGGGCCUGGGCGACAUCAUUGAGACAUAUCGAGCGUCUGGUGCUGAUAUAGAGGGUUUGAAAUACCUAUCCGAUUACAAGAACAAUAACAAUAAAGGCCAAGCUGUGAAUCAAAGGGAUGAUCUCUCCACAGUGACCAAUGCCAUGACGGGGAUGAGUCCCUCUCCGUCUCUCUCAGCCUUGUCCAGUCGUGCCGGAUCUAUCGCCAGUCUGCACGACCGCAUCAUGUUCAGCCCAGGCAGCGAGGAGGCCAUCGAGAGGCUGAAGGAAACAGAGAAAAUCAUUGCUGAACUUAACGAGACAUGGGAAGAGAAACUUCGCAGAACAGAAGCUAUUAGGAUGGAAAGAGAGGCCUUGCUGGCAGAAAUGGGUGUAGCAAUGCGUGAAGAUGGUGGCACAGUUGGUGUGUUCUCUCCUAAGAAGACGCCUCAUCUGGUGAACCUCAAUGAAGAUCCUCUGAUGUCUGAGUGUCUGCUGUACUACAUCAAAGACGGAAUCACCAGGGUUGGUCGUUUAGAUGCAAGCAGUCGUCAGGAUAUAGUCCUCAGUGGCCACUUCAUAAAGGACGAGCACUGCACCUUUACCAGCUCUACUGGCCCAACGGGAGAAACUGUUGUCCUCGAGCCCUGUGAAGGAUCUGAGACUUAUGUAAAUGGAAAGUUAGUCACAGAACCCACUGUUCUCAAAUCAGGAAAUCGCAUCAUUUUGGGAAAGAGCCACGUGUUCCGGUUCAACCACCCGGUUCAGGCCAGAGCUGAGAGGGAGAGGACCCCCUGUGCCGAGACCCCUGCUGAGCCUGUGGACUGGGCAUUUGCUCAGAGGGAGCUUCUGGAGAAACAGGGCAUUGACAUGAAGCAAGAAAUGGAGCAGAGGCUGCAGGAGUUGGAGGAUCAGUAUCGUAAAGAAAGAGAGGAGGCCAACAACCUUCUGGAGCAACAAAGACUGGAUUAUGAGAGCAAGCUGGAAGCUCUUCAGAAACAAGUGGACCGUUAUUACCCAGAAGCCACUGAAGAAGAGGAGGAACCUGAAGAGGAAGUGCAGUGGACAGAGAGGGAACGAGAGCUCGCUGUGUGGAGCUUCCGUAAGUGGAGAUGCUACCAGUUCACUUCGCUCCGUGACCUCUUAUGGGGAAACGCCAUCUUCCUCAAGGAGGCCAACGCCAUCAGCGUUGAACUCAAGAAGAAGGUCCAGUUCCAGUUUGUGUUGCUGACAGACACCCUCUACUCCCCCCUCCCUCCCGACCUGCUGCCUCCAGAGGCCACUAAAGACCGAGAGAAGCGACAUUUCCCACGAACCAUUGUGGCCGUAGAGGUGCAAGACCUGAAGAACGGAGCCACUCACUAUUGGACAUUAGAAAAACUAAGGCAGAGGCUUGAUCUCAUGCGGGAGAUGUACGAUCGUGCUGCCGAUGUUCCCAACAAUACCACUGAGGACUGCGAAAAUGUGAUGACAGGAGGCGACCCCUUUUAUGAUCGCUUCCCCUGGUUCCGCCUGGUUGGCAGAAACCCCAUUUUCAACACAUGCAUGAGCGAGCGCAUGAGUGACCCUACCCCGUCCCCGACCCUCUCCAACUCUGAAAUUACUGAGCUGGCUGACUCGCAGCAGGAGGGUCGAGGUGAUGAGGAGGAGUUGGAGGAGUUGGAGGACCUGGACGAUGAUAUCUUUUUGGACGACCCGUGCUCGGAGCUCGGGGGAGAGGAUGAUGAUGAUGAUGAUGAUGAUGAUGAUGAUGAUGAGGGAGAGCUCUGCCGAGGCUCCAGCGAAGGCCAGGAUCCCUUUUACGACCGCUCACCAUUAUUCAGUGUAGUGGGAAGGGCGUUUGUGUAUCUGAGUAAUCUGCUGUACCCUGUUCCUCUGGUUCACCGUGUGGCCAUCGUCAGUGAGAAGGGAGAGGUGAAGGGCUUCCUCCGAGUGGCCGUACAGGCCAUAUCAGGUGCUCUAUGUUUCCCUCCAGCUGAUGAGGAAGCUCCUGACUACGGCUCCGGGGUGAGGCAGUCUGGCACUGCUAAAAUCUCAUUUGAGGAUCAGCAAUACGAAAAGUUCCAGUCAGAGUCCUGCUCUGUGGGACUGUCUCGCACAGGGAUUUCUCAAGAGGAGCUUCGAAUUGUGGAGGGAGAGGGACAGAAUGCAGAAAUGGGGCCAUCAGCCGAUGAGGUCAACAACAACACAUGUGCGGCUGGUGCAGACGAACAGGAGAAUCCACUGAAAGCCGGUCUGGAUGGUGCGCUCGAUGCAACUUUGGAGCACCUCAGGAUUGGAAAUGUUUUUACCUUCAGGGUGACUGUCCUUCAGGCCUCCAGCAUCUCUGCAGAGUAUGCUGACAUCUUCUGCCAAUUCAAUUUCAUUCACCGCCAUGAUGAGGCUUUCUCUACUGAACCACUAAAAAACACAGGGCGUGGUCCUCCUCUUGGCUUCUACCAUGUGCAGAAUAUUGCUGUUGAAGUUACUAAAUCCUUUGUUGACUACAUCAAGACUCAGCCAAUUGUGUUUGAGGUGUUCGGACACUAUCAGAAACAACCUUUCCUUCCCCUCUGUAAAGACGUCAUGAGUCCACUACGCCCCUGCAGAAGACAGUUUCCCCGAGUGAUGCCUCUGUCCAAACCAGUACCUGCCACCAAGCUGACAGCCAUGACCCGUCCCCAGGCAGGACCCUGCCACUGUAAAUACGAUCUAAUGGUGUUCUUUGAGAUCUGUGAGCUAGAGGCCAAUGGAGACUACAUUCCUGCAGUGGUGGACCACAGAGGAGGAAUGCCUUGCCACGGCACAUUUUUACUGCACCAGGGCCUUCAGAGGAGAGUUACUGUCACCAUUGUACAUGAAUCUGGAGGUGACAUGGAAUGGAAGGAAGUCCGUGAACUUGUUGUCGGACGUUUGCGCAACACCCCUGAAGCUGACGAGACCAUCAUUGACCCCAAUAUUCUUUCUCUCAACAUCUUGUCUGCUGGGUAUGUCAGGCCUAUGCAAGAUGACAGACAGUUUCUUGAUUCGGACAUGCCUAGCAUUUCCUUGGGAGUUGACCAUAGGACUUUCUACCGCUUCGAGGCUGCUUGGGAUAGCUCCAUGCACAACUCGCUGCUACUAAACCGAGUCACCCCGUAUGGGGAGAAGAUCUACAUGACCCUCUCAGCCUACUUGGAGAUGGAGAACUGCACGCAGCCUGCAGUCAUAACCAAAGAUAUCUGCAUGGUGUUUUACUCUCGAGACACAAAGCUCUCAGCUUCCCGUUCAAUCCGCAACCUUUUUGGUACUGGAAGCCUCAGAGCUGCAGAUGGAAACCGAGUCACUGGAGUUUAUGAGGUCAGCUUAUGUCACCUGGCAGAUGCAGGCAGUCCAGGAAUGCAGAGGAGACGCAGGCGGGUGCUGGACACCUCAGUGGCCUACGUCCGAGGGGAGGAGAACCUGGCUGGGUGGAGGCCACGUAGUGACAGCCUCAUCUUGGACCACCAGUGGGAGCUGGAGAAACUCAGUCUCCUCCAAGAUGUGGAGAAAACCAAACAUUACCUCCUGCUCAGGGAGAAACUGGAGUCCACCCUGCUUAUGGGCCAGGAAGCCCUUCAGUCCUUUGUCACUGAGGAGCUGAGUGAAUCUCCUCAACCCGCUGAGCCCGACCAGGAGGUCAGCUCCGGCUCUGAAAUCACCACUGAGAGGCAGAGGGAGCUCGCUGCCAAGUGUUUGCGGCUGCUCACUCACUCCUUCAACAGAGAAUACAGCCAUGUGUGUGUCAGCGCCAGUGAAAGCAAGAUCUCUGAGAUGUCUGUGACAACACUAAGGGAGUCCACUUCAAUCUCUGCUUUAAACACAAUCACCCCCUCCUCGACAUGCCCUUCACUGGUUGAUGGUUGCUAUAGCAAUGCUGAACUCAGACCGCCAGCACCUCGCUCUCGUGCUGUCAGUCCCAGUCCGGACACACAGCAGGAUGCAGAGGGUAAGAAGUCCAUCAAUGGAGCCUCUGAUACCAAAUCUCGACCCCGCAAAUUUGUCCCUGAUAUCCAGGAGAUUAGAGUCAGCCCCAUCGUGUCUAAGAAGGGUUACAUACAUUUCUUGGAGCCACACACCAACGGAUGGGUGAAGCGCUACGUGGUUGUGCGGCGGCCGUACGUCUACAUCUACAAUACAGAGAGAGACACUGUGGAGCGAGCUAUUCUCAAUCUGUCUUCUGCCCAGGUGGAGUACAGUGAGGACCAGCAGGCCAUGCUGAAGACCCCCAACACGUUUGCGGUGUGUACAGAACAUCGUGGAAUACUGCUUCAAGCAACUAAUGACAAAGAAAUGCACGACUGGCUGUAUGCGUUUAAUCCUCUACUUGCUGGAACUAUCAGGUCAAAGCUGUCAAGAAGACGAGCCGGACAGAUGAGGAUGUGAAACGAGCCUCUCAUGAGAGAACGCAGAGACUAAGAUGUACAUAGAUCCUUGUCUUUACCCCUUUCCUUGUGCUGAGCCCCGUCCUCACCACCACAAUCACCAACAACCAUCUCUCCCCUGUACGUCCUCAGUUUGUCACUAGUGUCCUCAGCACCUAAAGCGCCCAUUUCGUGUCAGGCCUUUGCUGCGGUGUGAGUCCCCUCAAAAACCUGUCACUGUACUGUACUGGGGUUUAUUCAUAGCUGGACGAUUGAAGAAGGCAGAGGUGGUAGCAACAGUUUCUUAUCUCAGAUUACAUGGUAAUGUACUGUAGUUGUUGUCAGUGACACAUCGAGCCUUAUACAUUUAUUCCUUAAAAAAAAUGCAGUGACAUGUAUCUUUACCUAAAGCUGCCAUGUCUGCGAGGAUCACAUUGCUACAUUUGCAUCAGUAAAUAGAAAAACAUGCAGAUUUUCCUCUACUCUGCAGCUAUAUAUACAGUGUCUAAACUGGUUUGCAUACAGCUAGAAAAUACACACUAAACUAAAAAAAAAAAAAGUUGAACGUCGCUCUAGAAUAUUUCUCUCUUCUCUCUGGUCCAUGAAUCCUGACAUUGAGUAAUCUGCCUCCUAUUCCUGAAACUUGUUAGAAACUUUAGCGCACACACAGCCUGGCGACGGAAUGGCAAAUCGUCAUAAACUUCAUGUUCUUGUGGCAUUUUGGUAAAUCCAUGUCGUUUUAGCUACCUGUAGGAGCACUGACAGUAUCUGCAUUCAUAAGUAAUCAAAUACCAUCCUUACAUUAAUUCUCCCAGUUUAAUCUAAUUCUCUACCUGAAUUUCAUUUGUUUUAAAAUGUGAUAUAUUUAGAUAUUUAACAGUUUUAUUAUUUAUUUCUGCAUGUAUUUAUUUACAAAGACAUUUAUAUUUCUAAAGUAGUAGUACAGUGCAAUUUCUGCACACUGCACUUUUUAAUGAGUUCCUUAAAUGUUUGAACAAAACAACCUUGUCCCCCACGUACUUAACGCUACUGAAACAAUUUAAUAACUUGUUGAUAAACAUUGGCCAGUUUCUUUGUGCUGAAGAUUACUUGAAUAAUACUAUCCCCUUUACAAUUAGGAUAGUCGCACCUUUGAUCCAACUAACAUACAUCUAAAAACAAGGUCAGUACACCGUUAGGUAGAGAACAUUAAGGUGGUCUGUCCAUCCUUGACUGCACAAAGCUACCUUGUGAAGUCAAACUGUUCCUCACAGUACCGAAUGCGAAACUGGUUUUCUGAAUGAUAUGUAUAUUGAUUAAAUGUAGUGCCUCUCUUUUCAGUCAUACUGUACAGUAUGCCUCUGCACCAGUUGCUUUGAAACUACAUCCGUCAUGCUGCUAUAAUACUUGUUCUGGAAGCGUCUGUGGGUCAUAUCAUCACUUUCCUGCUUCUCAUUAUCAUCCCUUGCAUAUUCUGACCAAAGGUCUCAUUCAUGGUAACGUUACAUUUCUGAUAUGGCAAUCAGACAUCAGAAAGGAUGGAAUUUCUACAACACAGAGUAUACUUAAUCUUUAUACAAUGAAGAAUCUCCUUAAACAGAUAAUUUAUAUGUUGACAGUUAUUUACCUGCAAAACUGUACUCUGGCUCAUUUUUCCAAUAAUUUCAACAAAUAUUUCAAGGAAAAUCUGAUGUGAAUUUUGUUCUAACCAACCAUGAAUCUGAAAUCUGUUAAGAAAUUAUCUACAGAUGCUGCUUUUGAGUUGUUGUGUGAAGUUGGAUGUACAAGCACGCCUCAGGUCAGCCAGCCUCGAGAACCUGCUCUGUGAUAUAUCCAUUCAAGGACAACAUUUCAAGGCAUUAACAUGAACAUAACACUUCAAAAAUGUUAUUUAUUCUGGAUCAAAUGACACCAUUUCAGUAAUCCAUAUGAUAAAUUAUUCUAAUAAUAAGCGUAUUUCCUGACAUAUUUAAGUGUUCUGUGUGUUGUGGACAUAUUUUGAAGUUAUCUGGUCACAGAAACAACUGAAAUCAAACAAUCAAGAGUCUGUUAAAAUCUCUUGUUUUCUUUGGAUCAAAUUCUUCCAUCAGACUUUUUAUGUUUUAUCCAGCUCGAGCAUCAUCAUCACUGAAGGAACACCUUGCUGUACUGUCUCACUGUCUCAAACACUUGUGUCUCAUUUCCUUUAAAACCUGAUACAGUCAAAAAGAUACGCGUGCUCCAGUCUGGUCUCUGUGUUAAGAUUGUUGCUCUUGUUUUCAUUGGGCCUUUUUAAUGUGCAUCACAUUCGAGCAAACCAAAAAGUUUUGUUGGUGCAGUCACACAAAAACUUCACACUGAAUGUACAUUAAUAUUUGAAAAUACUUAUUCUGCUGAAAUUGUUGUGUUGACUUGUCUUUUAGAUUCUGGUUCCUUACUGAUUGUAGGUAGUUUUACCACCAGGGAACCAUAUGGAGGUUGUUGGACAAACCUGUAAUAAUGUGUCCACUCAUGUAUGGGGGGAUGAUGGUUCACUAUGGCCCAGUUAGGCAUUGCAUCUUGUACAGAGUAAUGCUGUAGGUUACAUGACUGUCGCACUUCCACUCUUAUUUCAGUGUCUACUUUCACUGCUCUAACAGCCUUCACAAAUUCUCUUUUUUCUAAAACUUCCCCUUUGAAGGAACAUCAUUGACAUUGUGCUUCCACAUCUUUUUUUUUCGCACCUUCACCUUUAUUUUCUUCAAAUGACUUUGCAUUGUAUAUAAACAUGAUUGCUGUGAACAGUGUAUUAUAAAGUUGCACCCAUUUACGAAAACUUAAAUGGGCAGUAGUUCAAGUCGGUGUCUCUGAGUGUUGGAGUUUAGCGUCAAAUGUUUGUGUACACUAAACACAUUGUCAUAUAUUAAAUAAACAUGGAAAUUAUGCAACACAAAGAAAAA